CCACGCCCUACCCCUUUUUACUGCGCUGCGCACGCCCACAGCCUGCAGCUAGCUUGCGACGGGUCACAUGACGACGACGCGCCCCGCCGCUACGACCGAGGAGGAGGAGAUGGUCAUGGCCGCCUCUGCAGCGGCCAAUGCCGCGCCACCGGACGCAGACGAUCGGGAGCAGCAGAAGAAGGCGCGGGCCAGGAACAAGAAGAAGAAGAAGAAGCGGCGGAGGGCGCCGAGCGAGGAGGAGCUGGCCGCGCUGAGGUCCGUGCUCCUCUGGGCCCGCCGCGGCGAGGCGGGCGACGACGAUGCGGCGGACUGUGGUGGGCACCUGUUGCCGGCGGGAAGGCGGCGGCCGCGCGUGGCGGUGGAACUGCAUGCGCACUCGGCGCGCAGCGACGGCUCGCUCUCGCCCGCGGCGCUCGUGGAGCGCGCGCACCGCAACGGGGUGAAAGUGCUCGCACUGACUGAUCAUGACACCAUGGCGGGUGUUGCGGAGGCGAUGGAGACUGCAAAGGAAUUUUCCAUCAGGAUCAUUCCUGCUGUUGAGAUAAGCGCCGUUUAUUCACCUAGUAAUGGAUCAGGAGCCAAUGAACCUGUUCAUGUUCUUGCAUACUUCGGUAGUUGGGGGCCUGCUAAAUCUCAGGAACUGGAGAAGGUUCUAUCUAGCAUCAGGGAGGGCCGCUAUACACGUGCCAAGGAGAUGCUAUCGAAACUUAGGAGCCUCGGCAUGGCAUUGAACUUUGAAGAUGUGUCUAAUAUAGCAGGGAAUGGAGUGGCUCCAGGGCGGGUCCACGUGGCGCGUGCCAUGGUUGAAGCUGGAUAUGUUGAUAAUCUGAGGCAAGCUUUCAGCAGGUACUUGUACGAUGGAGGGCCCGCUUAUGCUAUUGGUAGUGAGCCAGCUGGGGAAUCUGUUGUGCAGCUAAUAUGUAGAACCGGGGGCAUAGCUGUUUUGGCUCAUCCGUGGGCAUUGAAAAAUCCUGCUCCUGUGAUAAAGGAUUUGAAAGCUGCUGGUCUGCAUGCUAUUGAGGUCUAUCGAAGCGAUGGGAAGCUAUCUGGAUUGAGUGAUCUGGCUGAUACUUAUGAGCUUCUGAAGCUUGGUGGAUCAGAUUACCAUGGAAGAGAUGACAAGGAAGAACCUGAUAUAGGAAGUGUUGAUCUUCCGGUCUUGGCAUUUUUUAGAUUUCUUGAGGCAGCUCAACCAAUUUGGUGCAAUGCUAUCAAGGAAAUUUUUGCAAACACCACUGAAAGAACUGGCUUGAAUGGCCCAAAAGAAUGUCAUCGGACUAGCUCUGUAGAUGAUUUAUGUAAUAUGUGCCUUUCUUCUCCAGAACUGGAGGAAACAGAUGAUUCUGAGGUUGAGGUCCUCCGGACGGAAUUUGCGGACAUUAUCCUAAGCAACAGAAGCUGCAAGACGCUUACUGAACAGCGUGCAGAAAUCACCUCUCUUCUCCACUGACACAGUCUGGUUUGUGCAGUUUUAGACAUUGACUGAGAGGACAUGAUCUGGGCUGGACUUUAAUCUAUUCAUAUUGUGGAAAAAUAGAAAUUGUCCAGUGGGCGUGUGGUAAUGUUUUAUAUGAUCGAUUGACUGUGCAGAAGUAAUAUGGUAAGAUCCAUAAAUUAACCAUCAACCUUUCGGUAUGCCACUUCUCUUAUAGGAUAUGUAGAUUUCUUGUAUCCUUUUGCUUAAUCAGUUAAUACAUUUUACGAAAAUGGCGAAAGCAGAUUCCUUUUUUUUUCA